AUGUCGGGGCUUCAGGCGGUGCGGAUCAGCAUCGAGUCGGCCUGCGAGAAGCAUGUGCAGGAGGUGGGCCUCGACGGGAGUGAGACGUACCUGCAGCCGCUGUCCAUGUCGCAGAACCUGGCCCGCCUGGCGCAGCGCAUCGAUUUCAGCCAAGGCAGCUCCGGUUCCGAAGAGGACGAGCCCGCACCGGCCGGCGAGAGUCGCGAAUGGCCCGGCGGGGAGGAGGAGGAGGAGGAAGAAGGCCUGAUAAAAUUUCAGCCUUCUCUGUGGCCUUGGGAUUCAGUACGGAAUAACAUAAGGAGUGCUUUGACAGAGAUGUGUGUGCUUUACGACGUCCUCAGCAUAGUCAAAGAUAAAAAGUUUAUGACUCUAGACCCAGUUGUACAAGAAUCACUUUCCCAAAAGCAGAAUCCUCAGGUUUUGCAGCUGCUCUCCAAGAAAAAGUACUUAGCUGGAGCAGCCCAGAUUCUUCUGAAAGGAGCAGAAAGGUUGACUAAAUCAGUUGCUGAAAACCAAGAAAAUAAGCGGCAAAGAGAUUUCAACUCAGAAUUGCUCAGGUUGAGGCAGCAUUGGAAGCUGAGGAAAGUGGGAGAUAAAAUCCUUGGAGAUUUGAGCUACAAGAGUGCAGGGUCUCUCUUUCCUCAUCAUGGCACAUUUGAGGUCAUAAAAAACACAGACAUUGAUCUGGAUAAAAAGAUUCCUGAUGAUUACUGCCCUCUAGCUGUUCAAAUUCCAAGUGAUUUGGAAGGUUCUGCCUAUAUUAAGGUAUCUAUUCAGAAACAAGCACCAGAUAUAGGGGACCUUGGGAUAGUCAAUCUGUUUAAAAAACCUAUUUUGAAAUCUAAGCCAGGGGCUCUGCACUGGCAAACAAAACUGGAGACCGCACAGAACGUUCUGUUAUGUAAAGAAAUAUUUGCUCAGCUUUCUCGGGAAGCCGUGCAAAUCAAAUCACAAAUCCCUCACAUUGUUGUGAAGAACCAAAUCAUUUCCCAGCCCUUCCCAGGAUUGCAGCUCUGCAUUUCCUUGUGUCACUCCUCAGAAGACAAGAAAUCCCAGAAAUCUACUUCUGAGAAACAGGGUCCAGAGGAUCAUCUUUACGUUCUGGAGCAUAAUCUGCACCAACUGAUCAGAGAGUUUCACAAGCAGACCCUGAGCAGCAACAUGAUGCCUCAUCCGGCGAGUGCGCCUUUCGGCCACAAAAGAAUGAGACUGGCAGGACCUCAGGCUUUUGAUAAGAAUGAAAUCAGCUCCUUGCAGCCCAGCGAGGGGCUGCUGGAGAAGAUCAUCAAGCAGGCAAAGCACAUCUUUCUGAGACGCGCAACCGCUCGAACAAUUGACAGUCUUGCCAGCAGAAUCGAGGAUCCCCAGAUCCAAGCCCACUGGUCCAACAUCAACGACGUGUACGAGUCGAGCGUCAAGGUUCUCAUCACAUCCCAGGGUUAUGAGCAGAUAUGCAAGUCUAUUCAACUGCAAUUGAAUAUUAGCAUUGAACAGAUCAGAGUAGUACACAGAGAUGGAAGAGUGAUCACACUGUCCCAUCAAGAGCAAGAAUUACAAGAUUUUCUUCUUUCUCAGAUGUCACAACAUCAGAUUCUUGCAGUUCAGCAGCUGGCAAAGGUUAUGGGUUGGCACGUGCUCAGUUUCAGUAACCAUGUGGGGCUGGGCCCAGUAGAAAGCAUUGGCAAUGCCUCUGCCAUAACGAUAGCAUCGCCUAAUGGAGAUUACGCUGUUUCAGUACGUAACGGUCCAGAAAGUGGCAGCAAAAUCAUGGUGCAGUUCCCACGGUGCCAGUGCAAAGAUCUCCCUAAAAGUGACGUGUUGCAAGACAACAAAUGGAACUACCUGCGUGGCCCUUUCAAAGAAGUCCAGUGGAACAAAAUGGAAGGGCGUAACUUUGUAUACAAAAUGGAGCUCCUCAUGGCCGCCCUGACUCCAUGCUCCUAGGUUAGCGGAUAAUCCAAGGAGGCGAUUCUGAGACCAGCAUGAGCAAAGUGAGUGUGAGAACAGCACAUACAUUCCAGGAAGCAAUCUGUUUCUGAUAACUCCAUGGAUUUCUCUUCAGUGAUAUUUGAUUGCAAUCUUUUAUUGCCUAUACCGGAUACAGUCAGUCCUGCAAGUUCUGAAUAUUCAGUUAAACUGUGUGACAGCUUUUGAAAUAAUUAGUCACGUUACCGAAGUUCAAACUUUAUUAAAUACUUUAUUGGAAACUUUGUACAAAGGAUAGCAGGUUUACAUGUAUGUUUUGUCUUAGCUGUUUAAAUUGCUUGGUUACAUCUUUUGAACAAAUGGACUAAUAUCCUAUUCACAAGAAGAAUCCAGAAUUUUAUUUGGGUCAAACUAGCAUUUUGCCAUAGCUAUUCUUGGUUUGGCUUGCUCAAGAGCAGAAAUGGUGACAUUACUGAAAAAUCACUUGCAGAUUGGGGUACGUUUUUCUUCUUCUUCAUUUUUACACUUAAAAAUGAGUGUAAAAGGUUUACCAACUUGUUCAGCCCAUCCAGGACUAACGUGCUGGUGAAAUAAAAAUUGAUAAUAUCCAUUUGGCUGAAGGCCUUGCCACAACUUGGUAGCAGGAAACAAUGAGAAAAAAAUACAAAAAUAAAUGGAAUGUUUAAUGUUGCCUUCAUCAGAUAUUGGAAAGUUAACGAUACCACAAAUUUCCGUAUUAUAAUAAUAACCUGUUGGGUUUUUAAAUCCAUCAGUAACUUUUUGAUGGUGGGACCUAAAACCAGGAUAAUGUGUUUUUCAAUAUAAUUUAAUAAAGAAUUGCAGUUUUUCUAAAAGCAAUGUGGUCUUCUACUGGGUGGUGUGGUGGCCUAGAGGUGGAGCUCUCACCUAACCAUCAGAAGGCUGUGUUUGAUCCUAGGUCACAACGGAUAUUUUUCUCUCUCUCUGCGCAAUGAAUUAUUGUCUGCUGCAAACUCCAGGUAGGCGUCAGGAAGGGCAUCUGGCCGGUAAACGCUUGAGCUGCGUUCAGUCAUCCUGACUCCAUCCCGCUGUAAGGGAUUAUAGGGUCAUU